AUGCUAGAACACAGGUUUGCUCCAGAUGGAUCUAGCCGAGCCAUUCUACUCCCAUCUCCUCCUGGCUUUGGGAAGAACAGCCCAGCUGGGGGAGGCCGUCACAGUGGUGGAAAUGUGGAGAGCAGCCAGGAGUCUGUGUUGGCCACAGUGGGUCACGUGUUCUGCUGGAGUGACAGCAGGAUUGUUAUGGCUGAGCUUCACCCAGGUGUUCUCUGUGCCUUCAUGAGGUCCCUGGUGGCCCCACUUGUCCUUAGCUCUUCCUCCAGGGGCACCUGCCGAAUGUUUUCCGGUACAAGCUUGCUGCAGGAGGUGGUCUACCUUGUGAGCCAGGGCGCCGAUCCUGAUGAGAUUGGCCUGAUGAACAUUGAUGAACAGUUGCCAGUGCUGGAGUACCCACAGCCGGGUCUGGACAUCAUCAAGGAACUGACAUCUCCCCGCCUCAUCAAGAGCCACCUCCCUUACCGAUUCCUGCCCUCUGACCUCCACAAUGGGGACUCCAAGGUCAUCUACAUGGCUCGAAACCCCAAGGACCUGGUCGUGUCUUACUAUCAGUUCCACCGCUCACUGCGGACCAUGAGCUACCGAGGCACCUUCCAGGAGUUCUGCCGGCGGUUCAUGAAUGACAAAUUGGGCUAUGGCUCCUGGUUUGAGCACGUUCAGGAAUUCUGGGAACACCGCAUGGAUUCAAAUGUGCUUUUCCUCAAGUAUGAAGACAUGCACCGGGACCUAGUAACCAUGGUGGAGCAGCUGGCCAGAUUCCUAGGUGUGUCCUGUGACAAGGCCCAACUGGAGUCCUUGAUCGAGCAUUGCCACCAGCUGGUGGACCAGUGUUGCAAUGCGGAGGCCCUGCCUGUGGGCCGGGGAAGAGUCGGGCUGUGGAAAGACAUCUUCACCGUCUCCAUGAACGAGAAGUUUGAUCUAGUGUAUAAACAGAAGAUGGGGAAGUGUGACCUCACGUUUGACUUUUAUUUAUAA